UCAGGCCACACAACUCGCACCUGAAUUCUACAACAAACUAAUCACUGAAAUAAGAGAGAAGAUUUGGAUACCUACCCAAACACCAACCACCUCCCAAAUACAAAUAACCAAUACAUAUAUAACCGCUG